AUGAGAGGCAGCAACUUGGUUAGGAACGACGAGUUUGAUGAGCAGUUGCGAAUGCGAGAACUGUACGGAGACACCAAGGACGGUGACACCCAGAAAGAUCUCGGCGGACAAACCGAUUCUUUCCGGCAGCAGCCAUCCGACACCCCUUACGAGUGGGACCCGAACAAGAAGGCUUGGUACCCCAAGAUCACUGAAGAGUUCAUUGCUACCUAUCAGGCCAAUUACAGCUUUUCUAGUGACGGUGCGCCUAGCUCUACUGUAAAUGUACAAAAUAUCAGUGCUCCGACUGCAGAGGAGCCUCCACAAAGAAAAUCCCCUGAACCCAGUGAUUCCAAGAAGAGGGGAGAAAAGAGAAAGGCCAAAUCAGGAUGGUUUCAUGUUGAAGAAGACAGAAAUACAAAUGUAUAUGUGUCUGGUUUGCCUCCAGACAUUACAGUGGAUGAAUUUAUACAGCUCAUGUCCAAGUUUGGCAUUAUUAUGAGAGAUCCUCAAACAGAAGACUUUAAGGUCAAGCUUUACAAAGAUAAUCAAGGAAAUCAUAAAGGAGACGGGCUUUGCUGUUAUUUAAAGAGGGAAUCUGUGGAUCUUGCACUAAAGCUUCUGGAUGAAGAUGAAAUUAGAGGCUACAAAUUACAUGUUGAGGUGGCUAAGUUUCAACUGAAGGGGGAAUAUGAUGCCUCAAAGAAGAAGAAGUGCAAAGACUACAAGAAAAAGCUGUCUAUGCAACAAAAACAGUUGGAUUGGAGACCUGAGAGAAGAGCUGGACCAUCUCAAAUGCACCACAAACGAGUUGUCAUCAUCAAAAAUAUGUUUCAUCCCAUGGAUUUUGAGGAUGAUCCAUUGGUACUGAAUGAGAUCAGAGAAGACCUUCAAGUAGAGUGUUCAAAGUUUGGACAAAUUAGGAAGCUCCUUCUCUUUGAUAGACACCCAGAUGGUGUAGCCUCUGUGUCCUACAGGGAUGCAGAGGAAGCUGACUAUUGUAUUCAAACACUCAAUGGAAGGUGGUUUGGUGGCCGUCAAAUCACUGCCCAAGCAUGGGAUGGGACUACAGAUUACCAGGUGGAGGAGACCGCAAGAGAAAGGGAGGAAAGGCUGAGGGGCUGGGAGGCUUUCCUCGAUGUUCCAGAGGCCAACAGAGGCCUUCAGCAUUUAAAUUCUGUCUGUGCUUCGGAAAGGGCGGGGCCUUCUCAAGUAAGGCAUUUUUCAGAGCAACUGAGCACAUCCAAAAUGAACAUUCAAGAAGCCACAACUGAAAUGGCACUUGAAGAACCUGUUGAUUCAAAGAAGUUUGAAAAAACAGAAGAUGGGGGAGAAUUGGAAGAAAAUGCCUGUGAAACGAGUGCUAAAGCAAGUGGCCCAGAAAAAGAGGCUGAAGAAGGCUGCCCCCAGGAAGAAGCCGAAGAAGGCUGCCUAGAAAGAGAGUCAGAGGCAGGCUGCCCUGAAAGAGCGUGUGAAGGUGACUACCCUGAAAGAGAGGCUGGAGAAGGCAGUUCCAAAACAGAGUUCAGAGAGGGUAGUCCUGAAGAAGAGAGUGACCCUGAAGGAGAAUGCAAAAAGAAAAAACUCAAAAACAAUUAUGAAGAAAACGACCUUGCAAAGGAGUCUGAAGAAGAUGGCCUUGGCCAGAAGUCUGAAGAGGGCAGCCCCCAGAAGGAGGCUGAAGAUGACUUGGAAAGAGAGUCUGAGGAAGACUGCUCUGCAAAGCAGCUUGAGGAUGGCUUUGAAAAAGAAUUUGAAGAAAAUGGCCUUGAAAAAGAUUUUGAUAAGUAUGGCUCCAACAAAGACUUUAAUGAAAAUGUUCUCAAUAAAGAGUUAGAAGAAAAUGACACCGAAAAAUCCGAGUAUGGAGAUGACAGCUCUGAAAGGGUGUUUGAUGAGGAAGUCUCCGACAGAGAGUUGGAGGAAGAGUCAGACGGAAAGGAUGAGAAUGAUAUGUAUGAGGAAGUAUUUGAUGAUGAGUCAGAUGAAAACGAGGAUGAGGAGGAUGCCGAUGAAAAGGGACUUGGAGGUGCUGGUGAGAAAGAAGAUGCCAAUGAAAAGAUGUUUGAAGAUUCAGAUGAAAAUGAAGAUGAAAUAGAUGUAAAGGACAAUGAAGCUGUAGAUGAAAAUAGGUCCGAAGAUGAUGAUUCUAAUGAGACAUUGUUUGAUGAUGAGGAUUCCAGUGAGAUGCUCUUUAAUGAUUCUGAUGAAAGAGGGACUGUGGGUUGUUUGGGGAAUAUUAAGGAAGAGGGGCCCUUGUCCACAGACAGCAGCUUUGUCCUCAGCAGUGAUGACAGCGAUGAUAUUUAA